UACAGUCAGAUCCCUCCUUCCAUCCCUCCCUCCCUCUCGCUCUCUCAUCUUAUCUCCACUCUUCCGAUGCACAGGCUCACUGGUCCAAUGCUCCACAGAGGCACCACCAGUUCGUCUCAGCCAGUUGUGGGAAAGCUUUCAGCCACAGCUGCUGCGAGAGCCUACUUGAGAGAUGCCGUCCACAAUAGAACAGCAGUGAUCUGGACGGAGCCACAGCAGCGAUGAAUCUGUCUAAUGAGGAGUUGCUGCUGGGCAACUUCACCUCGGCUUACUCCUAUCACCACCAGAACUACACACAGGGGCCCCCGCUUCAUCCGGACAAGACAGGCACUUCCAAACCUGCAGCAUGCGAGCAGGUCCACAUCGCUAUAGAGGUCUUUCUGAUCCUGGGUAUCAUCUCGCUGUUGGAGAACAUCCUGGUCAUCACUGCUAUAGUGAAGAACAAGAACCUCCACUCACCCAUGUACUUCUUCGUCUGCAGUCUGGCAGUAGCGGACAUGCUGGUGAGUGUGUCCAACGCCUGGGAGACCAUCAUCAUUUACCUUCUCAACAACAGACAGCUGGUAGUGGAGGAUCACUUUAUCAGACAAAUGGACAAUGUGUUUGACUCCAUGAUCUGCAUCUCUGUCGUGGCAUCCAUGUGUAGCCUGCUGGCCAUCGCUGUGGACAGGUACGUCACUAUCUUCUAUGCGCUAAGGUACCACAACAUCAUGACAGUUAGGAGAGCUGGCUGCAUCAUCGGGGGAAUCUGGACCUUCUGCACAGGCUGCGGGAUCAUCUUCAUCAUCUACUCAGACACCACCCCGGUCAUCAUCUGCCUUGUCACCAUGUUCUUCGCCAUGCUGGUUAUAAUGGCCUCACUGUACAGCCACAUGUUCAUGCUGGCGCGUUCCCAUGUCAAGCGUAUCGCCGCCCUGCCCGGCUACAACUCCAUCCACCAGCGGGCCAGCAUGAAGGGGGCCAUCACCCUCACCAUCCUGCUGGGGAUCUUCAUUGUCUGCUGGGCCCCCUUCUUUCUGCACUUGAUUCUGAUGAUCUCGUGCCCGCGGAACCUCUACUGCGUGUGCUUCAUGUCCCACUUCAACAUGUACCUCAUCCUCAUCAUGUGCAACUCAGUGAUUGACCCGCUGAUAUAUGCCUUCAGGAGUCAGGAGAUGAGAAAGACAUUUAAAGAGAUCAUCUGUUGUUACAGCCUGAAAAACGCCUGCACCAACAUCUGCGCUCUGACAGGUAAGUACUGAGAGGGACCCGGACGGCCGAUGGCCAGGAUACUCCGUUUGAGAACAGUUUGGUAACCCUUUUCAGCCACUACACUGUAAGGUCACGCAUAUUUCUGUCUUAUAUCCAAUAAGAAGAAAGGCGACUUCCACCGAUCGAAGGGCGGUUAAGUUACGAUUAACGUUGACGCAAUGUGCACAAAGCGGCUCCUGUUUUUUGGUCCAUUACUUGGAAUAAAAAGCUGUGACAAUUUGAAUUUGUUUGGCAGAAAACAGAUCGGGUUUAGUGACAAUUUCCUUGAUUGUUCCAACUUGAACUCAUCUUUUUUUAAAUCAUCACAUGGGACAUCUUAAUUGUUGUCAUCUUUGGUGAAUCCUAAAUGCUCAAUAUUAUCUGCCAACUACUGUUCAUGUUGUGUAAGCAUUAUGGGCUCAAAUACUGCCGCUUGGUCGGUGUCAGACGACAGGUGCUUCUUUGGGUGCCCCCCUCCCUCUCCAAUGUAAACCUAUCUGCGUCACUACAAGACCAUCAGAGCAAAGGACUUUGUAUGAUGAGGGAGGAGGUGACAAUGGACAGUUGGGUUUGACAAAUACAAGACAGCUGUUUCCCAUGAGUAUACUUUAGCAUACAGUAUAUGCACAGUAUAGGGCCGGGGGAAAAAAAGACAACAACAAAUUCAGAAGAAAUCUAAUACAACAUUUCCUCACUUGAUUUCCCAUGAGUCAGUGUCAGCUGUGACUUAAAAUGCAGACAGAUCAGGGGGAAAAAAAACGCUGUCAAGGAAGAAAAAUCUGAAAAAUGUUUUCUGUAUUGCUCAGCAGAAAGGACUUGGAAUAAACAAAGGUAACAAGAGCCAUUACAAUGUAAACCUAUUAAACAUAUUUUAUUGUAUAAAAGAAAGAGACAAACUUUUGUUAAAUAAAGAGUAAGAGGAGCUUAUCACAACAAGGUCACAUUCAAAAACAAGAUUUGAAAUAUUCUAAUAUAAAUGUAAUUUUAUUCUAUAAGAACUAUAUUUUGUAAUUAUGCUCACAAACUCAUAAACAAACUCGCUAUCAGAAGUCACGGUGGAUGUCGCUUCAUGAAGAACGAUCAUUUAUUGUAUUGUUAGGUGUCCAUACUCCUUUAAAUCUUGAUGCCCUUGAUUUGAAAUACUACAUACUACACUGCAUGUGCUUUCUGUCCAGUUUUCACACCUGUGUUCUGCACAGUCUCCUGAUACCGGGCGGGAAGCCCCCCCAUGUAAUGGUAGAGGAAAACUACAAAAAUUUACAAACAAAGCUGUAUGUCAAAAUACUUCUUCAGGAAAUUGGGCCCAUCUGCAUGUACAAAGAUUUCAUUAAAAGUUCAAAACAAAAUCCAAAUUGCCCAGGUUUGAUAUGUAUCCGUUAGCACUGCAAAUGGCAGCAUCUCCAAAUUCACCAUGGUGUUCAACUAUAUAAUGAAAAAUGUUGUGUACGAACAUCCUUUAUUUUCAAAUACAUUCCCCACUAAUCUUGAUGAGAAACUGUGGCAAUCUAGAACAGGACACAGUGUGAGAAUCUUUUUUUGCAUUCUCUUAUUUUUUGCUAAACCGUGAGGAAGAAAUGUAAUAUAUUAACUCCAUGUUCAUAAAAGUGUGUGAAGAGUACCGUAGGAAUAUCUCCCUGGGCUACAAGAUCUUCCAUGCAUUCUUACAACAAACAUCUGAUGUUUUAUCCAGCUAUAAAGCUACAAAGGAUGAAUUCCCUCUUUUUUUUGAUCGUCUCACCCAUUAUGUUACAGUUACAUUGGCAGCAGCACUUUUGGAGAGAACAGAUGGUACUGCAAGUUUGGAUCAAAAUAAUAGCAAAUCCAGAUAAUAACCAUAAUUUGCCAAUUAUCUGUCCCUGAAAGACUCGUGUUUCCCAAAGAAAAUCAUACAGGGGAUCAGAUGUUACAAAAUCUCCCGAGUUCUUCUUUUGUUUUUCCUCUUCGUUGUUUCUCUCGGCCUCUGUUCAUCCAGCUUUAGCUCAAUCCUUGUUGUCUCCAAAAGAUAUUUUUAUGCCGCCUUCAUUGCGCCUUUUUGUAACAAAUGCAACUGGGGACGGACCCAAAUGCAGACAGAAUGAUGAUCAAGGGACCCAUUUUGAGGGAAAUUAUCCACCAUAAAUAAUACGAAACGAAUUAAUCAUAUUUUUUUACACCUCUUGACAAUCACUGUUUUAGAAAAACCUGGAGUUGAAGAAUGUCCGUUGGCUACUAAUCCAAAUAUGAUUGCUUGAUCAAAUUGUCAUUUCAAACUCACGCUCUCACUCCGUCCAUUUGUCUGGGCGUCCUAUCAAGGAAAUAAUGACCCUGGAUGGUGGACUUUCCAACAAAAAACCCUUGAAUGUGCAACCCAUAGCCAAAAAGCCUAUUAUCGUAUUUUCACGACUAUAAGGCGCACUUAAAAUCCUUUUUUUUCUCAAAAAACGACAGUGCGCCUUAUAAUCCGGAGCGCCAUAUAUAUGGAUAAAUUGAUUGAUCCAUACUGGUUAACGAGGAUCCAUUGGAGGGAAAGUCUGGUUCCAGCAGCCGCGGUAAUUCCAGCUCCAACAGCGUAUAUUAAAGCUCGUAGUUGGAUGUCGGGAUUGAGCUGACGGUCCGCCGCGAGGCGCCACCGUCUGUUCCAGCGCUGCCUCUCGGUGCAAGAUGCACGGAAGCAUUUGCCAAGAAUGUUUUCAUUAAUCAAGAACGAAAGUUGGAAGUUCAGAGAUAUUGUUAAUGUCCACAUUAACGUUUAAACAACGUUACCAUGGGAGUGAAGAGUUUUCAGAACGCUUAAUAACGUUUGAUUUAGCACAGCCCGAUCUAGUGGAUGCAUAACGCAGCCCCAGUCAAACGUUUUACUGCAGUAUCUUCUAUUCUAUGCGCCUUAUAAUCCGGUGCGCCCUAUAUAGGAAAAUAGUUCUAAAAUAGGCGAUUCAUUGAAGGUGCGCCUUAUAAUCCAAGCGAAAAUACGGUAAUUAGAUCAAUACAUGUUUGUUAUGUGAGGCUUCCGGGGACUUCUCUGAAUACCUUGGAAGUUCUGACCUUUUGGCACUGCAUUUUUGUUAUCUGUGCUGCUGCUGAACUACUGGAUGGCAUUGCCGGACAACAGCAGAAUUUCUGCCACUUCGCUAUGCCUACCCCCGCCCCUCUCCCUGCUGCUGCAUUAGUGCAAUAGUCAAUAAACACUUGAAUUCUGAAACGUGCCAAUGCUCAGUCAGAACGCUGUUUCCGCUUUGGUUGUAAUAUGCUUGUAUCUGUCUGUAGUUUCUGAUAUUCGUAUUAAUUAUAACUGCUCUGUUCUGCUUUGUCAAUGUUUAAUGAUUACUGUUACCUGUCAAUGGUCUUAAUGUAAAGAAGUCAUACGUUUACACUUAAAUUGUAAUAAUGAAUGUAUAUACAGCUUUGCAGUGCUCUCUGUAAAUGUAAUGUUAGUGGUGCCUAUUUGCCAAAUGACAAGUUUAAACAAGAACUUUAUCAUCGUACGCAUCCAUCUGCCUGAAUUUGCUGUUCUGCAUAAUUUCUUACUGGUAGAUUCUAACUAUUAUUUGCAUCAUGAGACUGAUCAAUGGCAAAUGUUUAAUGCAUAUAAACAGCACGACAAGAGAAAACAGUAUUAAAGAAUGUCUUGUGUUGUAAUUGUGUCACUUCCACACAUGCUUUAUGU